GCGUCUGCGUCUGUCUUCUUAGUGCUGCUCAUCAGACAUUUGAUGGAUUUAAGACAUGAAUUUGUUUAAAUAUGAUCAAAUAUUUUCUCAUAAUCUUUGAAAAAAGCGCUCUUCUUCAGCUCGAGGUUAUUAGCAAGCACCUAGCGAAGCUAAAACUGCGAGACGCUCCCACUUUCGUGGAUGUUUUCAGAAGUUUCUUCAUGUGUAAAAAAUGAAUGAUGAUGAAUAUAGUUUGUUUAUGGGAAUUAUUAGGAGAACUUUAAAAUUUGAGCUUGAAAUAUGCUGUAUGUUAAGUGUUAAUGAAACUUAUUAUGUGCUCUAACCGUCCGUAGCGAUGAAUAUUUGUUGUUAUGGCAUCUGCUUUCCAUGGAAAGUGCAGAAAUCCUGUGCUGUCGCGAGGCUCUUUUCACCAGACCUCGUCGAUUAAUUAUAAAUAUGCAUGUGAGGGAUCAGUUUCGCAGCUCGAUGAAAGUUCAUGAGAGGGUUGGAGUUUGUGUUUCCAUCACUGACUCACUCACUCAGUAACUAGUCAUUAGUUCUGGCGGAUCUGCCAUGAGGUUGGAGAACGGCUAGGAUGGCCUCUAAACUGUUCGACAGACUUCGCCGCACACUGUUCAAAGAAGGGGAUCUUCCUGCGGAGACGGAGGGACACGGAGCAGAGGACUUUCCUGAAAGCUCUGAGCUCGAGGACGAUACAGACUGCGUGUCGGCCAGACUCGGAGGAACCCUGUGCUUUGAGGGCGGAGGGGCCCUGGACUCUGAGGACGCAGGAGACGCGUCGGGGCCAGACAGCGACUCUGACUUCUUUGGAGAGUCCAUAGAUAAUGCAUGUAGCAGCACAGAGACCAGUCCAAUAGGGCCUUCCCCAAAAGCCUCAAAUAUGAUCACCAGACAACUACAAGAAAACUGGCGGAGCUCAAGAACUCGAUGCAUUCCUGAAAAACUCAUUUUUGAGGUGACUGAUGCCAGUGUUGUCCAUGAAACAAACUCCAAGUAUGUGCUCUACACGAUUCACGUCAUCCAUUCUGGGACGUUUGACAAAACUCCCGCUAUCAUCACGCGGCGCUACACUGACUUUGAACGGCUACACAGCCGCUUGCGUCGCCGUCACGGAGACGAAAUGGAUGGCGUGUACUUCCCUCGCAAGAAGCUGCGCAAAAACUUUGCAGCCGAGACCAUUGCUAAGCGCAGCCGGGCGUUUGAGCAGUACCUGACCCACCUUUGCUCCCUUCUUGAACUACGGAGCACACCUACGUUUCUUGAGUUCUUCUACCUGGGUGAUCUGCGCGCGGGCCAGAUGCUGAUGCGAGUGGGCCGGUACCAAGACGCCCUAGGCCCUCUUCUCAAUGCUCUGCGACUCCAGGAGAAGUUAGGAUGCCAUCAGCUCCUGCAGCUCAACCAGCUCCAGAGGGUUCAUUGGUUCUUCACGCUCUCCGCCUUGGUCACCUGCUUUCAAGAACUAGACCAGCUCAGUGAGGCUCAGGAACACUGCGACCGAGCCCUGCAGGACCUAGCGCCUUCCCAGGAGGCUUUGCAGCAGCACCAGUUGCACCCUCUGCUCAUCCCGCUCCUGCAGUCCAACGUGAGGCUGUCCUGGAAGGUCUCGAAGGACAAGAGGCGCUGGGAAGCUCUUCUGCAGGAGAUCCAGGAGCAGGGGAUUGAUAUCGGGAAUCAGCCCAACCUAAAGGAGUGUCUAAUUAAAGAGAGCAUCGAGGACAGCGAGGGGCUGGUCAGGGCUAAGGGCAAAAGUGAAGAUGUCCCGUAAGCAUUCAGGAGUAUUUUUUUAAAUAUGAGUUUUAGCAGUUUUGAGGGAUGUUUCUGAAAUCAAUAUGUUUGAUAGAUUACAAAGAAAACCUGUGGAAUUAAUACUAACUAUUAUAAUGCACAACACGCCUAUCACUUUGAAACACGCAUACAGUACAUUUCAUGUUCACAUUUCAAUAGCGUUUAUUAUAGCCUUAUUUUUUAUUUGGUAACACUUUACCAUAUGAUUCAAUUUGUUAACAUUUCUUAAAGGAAUAGUUCAGCCAAAAAUGAAAAAAUGCUGAAAGCCAUCCAAGAUUUAGAUGAGUUUGUUUCUUC